UUCAGGAGGAGAGCGCUUUCCUCGCUAUGAGCUACAGCUAACGCUAGGUGGAGUUGGACUAAAAGCUUCACUCAAACUAACAGACGUGAUGAACUGACUAGUGUCCAUCCCAGAAGAGGAAAACUAUCCUGCAGCUCUCAGCACCAGCCCUCCUCCUCAGUAGCAGUGCAGUUCAGCUGGAGGAAACAACUAUGAGAGAGUAGCUAGAAUGCACGGACAAUUCAUGUAAAUGGCGCUUGUCAAAAGGAAAUUAUAUCAGCGAUUGCUGUUCUUUGCCGUUUUUCUUCCAAUCUCAGGUGUUUUAUGCUUUAGUGAGUUAUUUUUCAUCAAGGAACCCCAUGAUGUUACUGCCAUGCGGCGAGAAGCUGUUAUUUUGGACUGUCAGGCGCAUGGAGAGUCACCCAUCGACGUCAGAUGGCUCAAGAAUGGAGUAAAAGUGGUGGAGAACGAGCGGGUGUACAUGCUCUCCAAUGGCUCCCUUUAUAUUUCAGAGGUGGAGAGCAGAAGAGGAGACAAAUCAGAUGAAGGGCUCUAUCAGUGCCUUGCUCAGAACAAGUAUGGUGCAAUCCUGAGCCAGAAAGCCCGUCUUACAAUCGCAAGUGAGUAUCAUGCUGGAAUCACCUCGGAAAUGUAA